GGUGUUUACACUGUGACUUAACCACUCCGCGCAAGGCCGCGAGUAAACAAAUGAUGCAAGGGAACGUUUGUGGACAACGUUGACAAUGUUAAAACCAUAAUGACCGUUUCCCCUCGCAAGAAAUCGCUUGUUGUUGGCAGACUACGGCCAUCCACAAAGGCUGCAAAAGAAUCUCCACCACAGGAUGAGUGGCUGGCUGCAGAGAAUUUUCAAUUCACAGAUUCCCCAGCCCUAAAUAGGAAGGCAACAAGUAGGAGAUCAGGAAGAUCAGCUGGCCCUUCAAAAAAUGUAGCACAGCAGAAGAGGCGUCAGAGUGUACUGCUAAAGAGAUUAGAUUUACCCGCUGAUAUUGUAAGCACAUCCCCAAAUGUGCGACGAACAAGGAGACAGUCCAUGGGGCAUCUCCCUAGAAAGAAAGAGGUUUUGCAAGAAUCCACAAAAACCUCAAAGCUCCCAAGAGCAGUAUCAGAGAAAACGGUGAAAAAUAAAGCAUCCAGUUCCAAAUUACCGCUACCUGCAAAAAAAGAGAGCACUAGAGCUGUGAAAGCAGAAGACAAGCAGGAAACGAAAACAAAAUCGGAAUCCAUUGUGGUCAUUUCCCCUCAAAAAUUCUAUACCUCUCCUGAGAAGAAGUCCAAAAUUCUGCGGCGUAAAUCUUUUGGGAUGGCAGCCCUGGAAGAGAAUAUAGUCACAGAGACAAGAGCAAAGAGGAAAACGGAAGUAACUGUUUCUGUUAAGAAGACAGAGGAACCUGAGACCAAGAAGAGAAAAGGAAAAUCAUCUGUAUCCAACUUGGAUGCCACUCCAGCAAGUCCACCUGCUUCUAAAGCAAAGAAAGCUAAGAAGUCAGAUGAAGCAGAAUCAGAUGUAAGCUCUUCUCCUGUACAGUUAAGAUCUCAAAAGUCCCCCUCGGUAAAGAAAUCGAAGAAGACUGAACCAAAAAGUCCAUCCCUAGCCCCAAAGAAUGUUGAUGCAACUACACCUCCAUCUGUCUUAAAGAAAGCCAAGCAAACAAAACUUGCAUCAUCUCCUCCUAAAAAGACAAAGAAGUCAAACACACCUACCACUUCUGUGCCCAAGACUCCGAGGAGACUAGCUGCCUUAACACCAACUCAGUCCCCGAAGGUUAGGCUCACAAGGUCUGUGGCAAGAAGCUCACAGCGAGUGCGACUUGUUGGAGUAAGUCCAUCGCCAUCAACUACAAACUUCAGAAAGACGCCAAAGUCAAGCAAAAAAGAGGUUACCAUCUCUACAGAUAACUUGGGAUCAUCUCCUGCAUUGUCUGCCGAUUGCAGUUGCAAACUCAUUACGAUGCAGUUCUCCUAUGAAGAAAAUACAAGGCUUCUAGUGCAAAGGUCAAGCCGUUCACUCCAAAACCAGAUCCUCCUCCCCGAAGUUUACUAAAGCAAAACAUGAAAAAGAAGGUUGCUAAAAAUAUAAAAGCCACAACUAAGGUUGAAGUACACAAGCUGAUGGAUC